ACUGAAAUAGAAGUAGUAAAGCAUAUUCUUAUUUUUAAAAUAGCAUUAUUGCCUCUUCAUUACUUAAGGCAGAAUAACAACUGAGAUAUAUUUGCACUUGGUUUUAGGUUAACAUUACAAAUAUUAAGGCCAAACUAGACAUGACGUACUAGAGGCAGUAUAUUUAAACACUGUUCUGCCUUAGUCAUAAAGGAAGAGGGGUUUGUGUGUGAAACCUUUUUAAUAGUAAAAGGGUCAAGUAGGUAAUAAGUGCCAGAACCCUUCCUUUUUGCGCUCUAUACAAUCUGUUCCCCAGGUGUAUUUUUUCUCAUCCAAGUGCCAGUAGUAGAAAUAUGCUUGCCUUGGUGGUAAAAAAAAAAAAAGCUUGGAGAGGAGCAUGGGGAGAUAAGCAGUAGGCAGGAGUAGAAUUCAGUACCCAUCAUGCACAUGCUCCUGUUUGCUAUUAAAACAGGACCUUCUGCCCUUCUUUCUACAAGAUAAUAUCAGGUCUUUGUUUAAACACAUGGUUUGUAUUCAUUUUGAUCCUAAAUAUUAGAAUAAGUAGCUUUCUAAAGGCCAUGUCUAAGAAUGGUAAAUGAUUGUUCUUUGGAAAGUUUUGAUAGGUAGUAGUUUUCUCUUUGUAAGCAUGAUUUUUCUCUACUGUGCUAAAAUGCUCGAUUGUGCUGCUCUGGUGCUUACUAGUUAGCCAGAUUGUUUUUGAAUUUUUGAAGCUUGUUUAAUGCAAGUUGUGCAGCUACUAUGUUUAAGGAACUUGAUUGGGGGUGGGGUUAGGCCAUAUACAGUUUUGUAGUUGGUGAAGAAGUAAUUUUGGACAGAGUAGUAUAUCAGAGUAAUCUGUUACUUUUGUCAUAACUUUUGACUGCUUUCCUUGCAACUCUUCUUUCUGUAUGGAAGUGUGUAGGCUUUUCUGCACAGUUGUUCACAUUCUAAGAGCCCAGUAUCCUCUAGGUACUAAAGCAUUGCUCAGUAAAUCUACUUCAUAUCCAUUGGGAUUGCUCAUAUGCAUUGAAGCACAUUCUUAAGUACUCUUAAUGAAUUAAAAUCUGUAUUUCUUACUAUUAUGGUGAUAUGUUUUAACAUUGCCUAACCUGAAGUAUUAAAUACUGCAUUGUGCUGAUCACAGCUCCCUAUGUCAGUCACAUUCUUGUUUUUAGUGUGUUCAUAUAUCUUGAUGUUGGCUGUUGCUUUGUGUCUAGACUUAGCACAAAGUUCACGGUAAGGCAUAGUACUAUAAAUUUCACUAUGAAAUUCAAGGAUUUGGAAGAAACUCAAAUAUUAACAAUGGCUUUGGGUGGGAUUGUGUAGGUUCUUUGGUUAAUGUUUGUUUCUUUUGUCUGUUUCUUUUUCUUCAUUUCUACACAUUCAUGCAGUAUUUCAUGGUUCUAACAAAGCAGCAGUAAAAAACUCUUGACGCAUGAAAAUUAACUGGUGAGGGGCCUCAUUGCUUUUUUUAAAUUGUAGUUUUAUUUCUGAAUAACUUUUUUCCUAAAAAUGAGAGGAUCAGAUGCAUGAGUACUUAAUGGAUGCAGAUCUUCUAUGAGGUGUCUCAGCAUAAGUCUAAGAGGAUUUCUAGUUAGAUGCCAGAAAUGUUAUAGUUGCACUAAUUGUGUGUAAACAUAAAUAAUAUCCUCUGAGACAUAAUUUUGCAUGCAAAAUUAUCCCAUAAUCUCUGUAGGUAUGUUAAUAUAUUGAUGCAUUAAUGCCCUGUAUCUAAAUGACCUUUCGCCCUUUUCCCACCAUAACUUUUGGUAUUGAAAUUAUGGCAGCUCAGUGACAGAAGAAAGAUAACAGUGCUGUGUAUUAUACAUUUGUUUAUAUUAUCGGCACUUCUCAGUAUAGGUGGAAGGAACCAUUACCUUUAUUUAACAGUGGUUUUUCUUUUUUGUUGUUGUGUUUUACAGUUCUUUUCCCUGGUUCAGCCUGAACUAUAUACCAGGCCCUGCUGAAAAUACCACCCAACAGUUUUCUUCUGCAGCUUAUCCAGUUUCUCUUAAGUGCCCUGUACAUAUUGUAUGUUUUAUGAUGAGAUGCAGUUUUUUAAAAUAUGUAUUGCAGAAACGCUACUGGUAUUUGCAAUUAUAUAGUACAGUUGUCUUAUUGAACUCUCAUAUUGGGGGCUUGGGCACAUUAACAGAUUAAUCCAUACGUAUAGGGCUUUUGCUGUUGGAUAGAAUAACAACAAUCAACAUGACUGUUUAUCCCAUGUAGGGCCUUCUAGUAAGGUUAUUUUCUAUUCAGGGUAGGCAGCAACCCUAGAUACUUGCCAUAGCUGGCUACCAGGCUGCAGAGCAGAAUUUUCUUCUGAGAUAUGCAGCAACACUUGUGGUACAGUAGGCAUGACAUACAGUGGACCAUGUAUUUUACUGCACAGGUAAGGAAUAUGCCACAGUUUUCUGUGUUUACAUAAGUACACACACAUGUGCACAUAUAUACUGAACCUAUAUUUGGAGAUCUGUGGAGACCUUCAUAUCAAUGUGACAUGUCAGCAAAAGCCCUACACUUUUCCUUACCUUCUCUUAAAUUUUACAAAAUUUGUAUGGUAGGUGUAAAAAAAAUCAUAGUGACUGUACCAUAUUAUUAACCCCUAAAUCAAACUUUUUUUGUCUUGUGUAUCUUGAUUUUUCUGUGUGCUUUAUAGUGAAGCAGCCGACACGAGUCGUUGUUCAUAAAACAGCUUUUGAAAGUUGAGAGCACACCCCUGGAGAACCGACUGUGCUUGCUUACGUUUGGUUCAUGACUUAAAAAUCGAGUACAGGAGUUAUUCCUGAUGAGACUAAGGCUUUGUCUCUCCUGGCACCAGCUAAUGCUGUGGCAGGUCUACUGCCUGGGGGUGGACUCCUGCCCACACCCAACCCACUUUCUCAGAUUGGUGCUGUUCCUUUGGCUGCUUUAGGAGCUCCAACUCUUGACCCAGCCCUGGCUGCUCUAGGGCUUCCUGGGGCAAAUUUAAAUUCUCAGUCUCUGGCGGCAGAUCAACUACUAAAGCUUAUGACCACAGUGGAUCCAAAGCUGAACCAUGUAGCUGCAGGCCUCGUUUCACCAAGUCUGAAAUCAGAUACCUCCAGUAAAGAAAUAGAAGAAGCCAUGAAACGAGUACGAGAAGCACAGUCCCUUAUUUCUGCUGCCAUAGAACCAGAUAAAAAAGAUGAUAAGAGAAGGCAUUCAAGAUCCAGAUCACAUUCCAGGAGGAGGAGAACGCCUUCUUCUUCUAGGCACAGACGGUCAAGAAGCAGAUCAAGGAGACGAUCUCAUUCAAAGUCAAGAAGCAGAAGAAGAUCUAAAAGUCCUAGGCGGAGGAGAUCUCAUUCUCGAGAGCGUGGUAGAAGGUCUAGGAGCACCUCCAAAUCCAGAGACAAAAAGAAAGAAGAGAAAGAGAAGAAGAGAUCUAAAACUCCACCAAAGAGUUACAGCACAACCAGAAGAUCCAGAAGCACAAGCAGGUUGCUGUAUCUUCUAGAGAGACGACGUAGGAGAAGCAGGAGUGCCUCCAGAUCACCUAAAAAGCCUAGAUCUCCUAAAAGAAAGAUGUCAAGAUCUCCUUCACCAAAAAGACACAAAAAGGAAAAAAAAAAGGAUAAAGACAAAGAGAGGAGUAGAGAUGAACGUGAAAGGUCAACAAGCAAGAAGAAGAAGAGCAAAGACAAAGAGAAGGAACGAGAGAGAAAAUCCGAGAGCGACAAAGAUGUCAAACAGGUCACAAGAGAUUAUGAUGAAGAAGAACAAGGCUAUGAUAGUGAAAAAGAGAAGAAGGAAGAAAAAGCAGCAGAUCCUGCUUCUCCCAAACUUAGAGAAUCACCAGUUGGAAAAGGAAGUGGAGAUGCACCAAGGGAAUCCAAAGUCAACGGGGAUGAUCAUCAUGAAGAGGAUAUGGAUAUGAGUGACUGAAUAUUGCCUUUGCAGUUAAGAACAGCUGCUGACAUGCAUCAGUGUCAUUCCUGUGUGAUUCUUUUAUGCUGUACUUGUUUAACCUUUUAAUCUAGAUGUACACAGCUGUAACUAUAACUGGUUGUAAAGCUCCUGAUAUUAAAUAAUUACAUCAAAAGCUUUAGAAAAAAUGAUGUCUGGGUUUCCAUUCUUGUAAUUGGCCCAAUUGACCUGAGUAGCCCAGUGGUUCUUAUUUACUUGGUGCUUCUUUUUUUUCUUCUUGAGCACAAAGCUGCAUGCAUCUUUGGCAGGCAUGGAUUGUUUGUGUUGUAUGAUCUUUUUAGUAAACCAGCUCACCUACAAUAGUGUUUCUAGAGUUUGAUUCAUUCGCGAUAAUAGGGAAUGCACUGGCUGCACGUUAACUGUGGCAAAAACAUCUUCAUCUACAAUUUUAUGGUGGAUCUGCUAUGGGUCUUAAGUGUAACAGAACUAACAUUAGCUUCAUCUGCAAACAAACAUUCUGAUAGAGGUAGUUAACCCUUUUUAGCCAUGUGGCUAAAUGUUUUUGUUGAUCUUGUUUGGCUUUGGCAAGGUUGAAAUGCACUAACCUUUUUGAUGCUUAAUUUUUAUCUUAAAUCCUUCUCAGGUGGUGUUUUUGUGUAUAACUUGACCGCUUGGACUUUUGAAGACAGUAAUGUAUAAUUUCUGUGCUUCUUCAAGCGUCACAGGAUGAGAGAGAUUUAACCUUGUGUAGUGUUCAUAACCCAUGUUCUAUUUCAUUUUGUUUUUGUGUAAAAACACUGCAAAAAAGGUAGUGCAUUUUAAAAACUGAACGUCACGAUUUUUAAAACAAGUUUACUUGAUAAUGUACUUGAUCUCAAGUUGUAUAAACUAAUUUGUGUUACAGUCACUGAAGUAGUAAUCUUAUGCACAGUGAUUUCAUGUUAUAUGCAAAGUAGUUGGACAACCUAUUUAGUUCUGGAAGUUUUUGGAGCAGUUACUUUUGUGCAGGUGAAAACAAAAGUAGGCUACAGUCUGUGCCAUGUUGAUGUACAGUUUCUGACAUUGUUUUACAAGACUUUGAUAAUAAAACGCUUAAACAUA